AUGAAGAAGUUCACCAUACUUCUUUCUAACAUCCACUGUUCUGAGUGUGAAACCAAAGUCAAGUCUAUCUUAUCGUCCUUCUAUGAUCUUGUGAGUAUAAAUGAUAACAAAGUCCUUGCUGUUGACUGGAACAACGGUCAGAUGUAUGUCAUCUUCAACGACUCAAGAGUAGAGUUGCUUGUUAAUGACAGAUCAUUCCUGUUCAAGACAAAGAAGAUCAUCACCGCUUUAAAGAGAGGUGGCUUCAUAGUGGAAUCAUGGGAGGUUACCAGAAAUGGUAUAAUAGAAACAAGUUCGUCAUUCAACCCUAAACUGAUGAAAACAAAGAAAGCACUGGAGGGAGGAUUCUAUGAUAUCGUCAAGUUUUUCCAAAAUGUUCAAGAUGAAAAGGAUCAAAAGAGACAUAGAGAAUCGUGUCCAACUUGUAAAACCAAUUUUAAUAGUAAAGAAGGCGACGAUGAAAAGAAGAGCAAAAAGAAUAAGAAAGAUCGCCCAGUUUCUUCACUGCUGGAAUUUGAUUGUGCAUCAUCUACUGCUACGCUUGCAGAACCAGAAAAUCAUUAUGAAGCAAUCUUUGCAGUGCAAGGUAUGACAUGUUCUGCAUGUUCCAAUUCAAUUAUGGAUAAGCUUGGACAAAUCUUUGGUAGUGAAGUGAAAAUGAAAGCUCUGGCUCCUAAAUAUUCUGUCAAUUUAAUUGAAAACACUGUCAUGGUUAUGAUUGAAAAUAAACAAUUAAUUAACCAAAUUACAGAAGGUAUUGAAGAAUUAGGAUUUGAUGCUCAAUUGAUAGAGCUCUUGCCCGUUAGAACAACUAUUAAAACAAAGGUCACAGCCAUGAUAGGAGGAAUGACAUGUGCCGCUUGUUCUAAUUCUAUUCUUGCUGCUGUUGAUGAAUUAUCAUUUGUCUAUGAAAGUGCAAUUGAUUUAGUCUCCAAGUCGGGAAGCUUCAUUAUAGAAGAUGGUCCUAACCACUUGAACCUAUUACAAACUACAGUUGAAGAUUGUGGAUUUGAAUAUGAAUUAGUUAGCACAGAAAACAUCAAUUUUACACUGGGUGAAAUGAAGUCGAGAACAGUUAGAAUAACAGUUGAAGGUAUGUGUUGUGAGGAAUGUCCUGAAUUAAUCACCGAUUAUUUGAAGAGUUUUGGUGACGCCAUAGUGCUUGAAGAUGAGGCUACUUUAAAUAAUCCAAUCAUCAAAUUCACAUAUAUCCCUGGUGGCGAAAUAACAGUCAGAAGCAUAAUCAAAGAUUUAAAUCAUUUAACUCUUUCAAAGGAGGGAGGGUUUGUGGUUGACUAUGCCCAAAAGGCAAAGUUCAAUUGUCAUUUAACAAGCGAAGAAACAAUAGAUGAAAGGUUAAAGAAGAUGUCCAGAAGAGAACUUCAUAAUAUUUUGAUUAGAUUAUCAAUUGCAUCAGUACUUGCCAUUCCAACAUUUAUAUUUGGGAUUGUUGGCAUGGCACUUCUUCCCAAAUCAAACGGGUUCCGUAAAUGGACGGAACAUCCAAUAUGGGCAGGUAAUACUUCAAGAAAUAAUUGGAUCUUAUUAUUCUUAAGUACCCCAGUGUACUUCUUUGCUGCAGAUAUUUUCCACAAGAAGGCUAUCAUGGAAAUGAAAGCCAUUUGGUGGAACAACAGUAGUUGGAAAAGAAGACUAUUCAAAUUUGGUAGUAUGAAUCUUCUUAUGAGUUUGGGUACAUCUGUUGCCUAUUUCUCAAGUAUUGUGUUGUUGUGUCUUAGUUCUCAACAAAAGAAAAGCCCUGAAGGUGAAAUGGGUUCCCAUACUACUUAUUUUGAUGCUGUUGUGUUUUUAACAUUCUUUUUAUUAAUUGGUAAGGUUUUGGAGUCCAUUUCCAAGAUCAAAACUGCCGAAGCCAUUUCAACUUUGAGUAGUUUGAAGAAAACUACUGCCAACAUGGUAACUCUCAAAGAUGGUAAAUAUGGUGAUGAUGAGGAUAUCAAUGUGAAACUUUUGGAAAUUGGAGAUUAUGUCAAAAUUAGUGCUGGUGAUUCUCCACCAAUUGAUUGUGUCAUUGUUGAAGGUACUUCCAACUUUGAUGAAUCAGCUCUAACUGGGGAAUCUAUUCCAAUUACUCGUUCUCCUGGUCAUCAAAUCUUUACUGGUACUAUCAAUACUGGAGGUAAUGUCGUUAUUGCAAAAGUACUUACUCUUGAAGGUGAAUCACUUUUAGACCAAAUUGUCAAGACCGUAAGAGACGGCCAAAUGAAGAAAGCUCCCAUCCAAAGAGUUGCAGAUGGUAUUACUGGUUAUUUCGUACCUAUUAUUGUCCUUUUGGCCGUUUUAACUUGGAUAAUCUGGCUUAUAUUGGGUUUAAGUAAUGCCUUACCCAAAUCUUAUUUGGACAUCGAUACUGGAGGAUGGUCCUUCUGGUCUUUACAAUUCGCCAUUGCCGUGUUUGUGGUGGCAUGUCCCUGUGGUAUCGGUCUUGCAGCUCCUACUGCAUUAUUUGUAGGGAGUGGAUUGGCAUGUAAACAUGGUAUUCUUGCUAAAGGUGGUGGAGCUUCAUUCCAAGAUGGAGCCAAGACCAAUGUUGUAUGUUUUGAUAAGACCGGGACCUUGACAUAUGGUGAAACCAAGAUCACAGAUUAUAUGUUGGUAAUGCAAAAGAGCUUGAGACGGUUGGAAAAGGUUGUGACAUUAAUGGCAAUCCAGCUUAGUAGAGAUUUGGAAGUAAGUUCCAAACAUCCUUUGGCCCGAGCCGUUAAACAUUUUGCCGAAGCCAAAUACCAUAAACUUGCUGCCAAUAAGGUCCCUGAAGUAACGACUUUGCCUGGUUUAGGUUUAAGAGGAAAGAUUGUUGUAGACAUGACUGAAGGGAAGACGAUCUGGACCGAAUGUCAGCCUAAAGAGGUGAUUUUAGGUAACGAAAAGCUUAUGAUGGAAUAUAACGUUGAAAUGACUGCCGAUGUCACCAACCUAUUGACUCAAUGGAAGAGUGAACAGAAAUCUGUAAUCUUAUUGGCUGUCACCUGUCCCAAGUUAUUUGGUGACGAUAUGUUCCACUUGAUUAUGUGCAUGGCAUGUCGUGAUGAAGUUAGAAAGGAAGCUAAGGACGUGAUUGCUUAUUUGACCAAGAACUUAAAUAUGGAAUGUUGGAUGAUCACUGGGGACAACUCAUUAACUGCUCAAGCCAUUGGGAAAGAACUUGGGAUAGUUAAUAUCGUCAGUGAAGUAUUACCAAGUGAAAAGGAAGCCCAAAUCAAAAAGAUUCAAGCCAAGGAUCCCAAAAACGUCGUGGCUAUGAUUGGUGAUGGUAUUAAUGAUGCACCAGCUUUAUCUCUGGCAGAUGUCGGUAUCUCAUUAAGUUCUGGUGCUGAUCUUGCAGUAAACUCAUCUGACUUUAUUCUUUUGAACAAAACCCAUCCCUUGAUAUCCAUUGUUACGUUAUUCGACUUGUGUCAAGUAGUUUUCCGGAGAGUUAAAUUCAAUUUCGGCUGGGCUUUGAUUUAUAAUGUUAUUGGAGUUCCAAUUGCUGCUGGUGUUAUCUACCCCUUCCACAAUUCUCGGUUGGACCCAGUAUGGGCAUCUGUGGCUAUGGCUUUAAGUUCACUUAGUGUUGUCACCAGUAGUUUGUUGUUGAAGCUUUAUCGGUCCAAACUUCGUCCUAGCGAUUUUGUUAGAGAUGAACAAAGUAAGGUCCAAGUUAAGGGAACCAUCAUAUGUGUUUAA